UCAAUUUCUCUUUCCUUCGACCGCAAACCAAUAUGUACCCAAAAAAAAAAUAGAAAACCAAUAAAUAAAAGCACAAAGGUCCAGCUUUGGUAGAAGAGAAAGAGACAGAAAAGCGUCCAGAGGGAUCAGAACUCCGAAAAGAAGAAGAAGAAGAAGAAGAAGAAGAAAAGAAGGUACACCCUUUACUUCGUUUCUACUGCCUGCCGGCAACCAGUAUUUAACCCGUCCAAAUCCGUUUCUUUUUUUAUUUCACUCCCCCGUCCAUCCGUUUCUCCUUGCUCACUAGCCUAAGCCCGCCAGAGAGCCAUCUCCGAUCUAAGCUCUCCUCCGCCUCCCAUGGCCUCAACCCUCAUCAUCGUCGUCGUCUUCAUCUUCGACCUCAUCGCCUUCGCCCUCGCCAUCGCCGCCGAGCAGCGCCGCAGCACGGCGACGGUGAUGAUUGACCCGAAGAAGCAGUACACGUACUGCGCGUACGAUUCGGACAUCGCGACGGGGUACGGGGUCGGGGCGCUGAUCCUGCUGCUGGCGAGCCAGGUGGUGAUCAUGGCCGCCAGCAAGUGCUUCUGCUGCGGCCGAUCGCUCCGCCCCGGCGGUGCUCGUGCCUGUGCCAUUAUCCUCUUCCUCCUCUCCUGGUUGACGUUUAUAAUAGCGGAGGUGUGCUUGCUGGCCGGAUCGGUCCGAAACGCGUACCACACCCGAUACAGGACUCUGUUUCGUGACGGCCAGCCGUCGUGCGAGAUGCUGAGGAAGGGCGUGUUUGGCGCCGGCGCCGCCUUCGUUUUCUUUACCGCCAUCCUUACCGAGUUCUACUACGUGUCUUUUUCCAAGGCCCAGAACACCGGCACUGCGCCCUACAGCAAGGAAUCCUCCAUUGGCAUGAGUCCGUACAGUUAGAUCCUAUGUUUACCGUUACCGCUUGUCUCUUGGAACCCCAUGGUUGUACUUGUGUCUUGUUAUCUGUAGGUGUUGUGCGUUGGCUGUGUUCUUUUUGAUUGUGACAUUGGUCGUGGGUAUUGGGUACAGGGUAGCAUUGCAGUAUACUCUUAAUUACGGACAUUUUGUUUUUUUUUUUUGGUUAUAAGAUAUGAAUUAUGUGUGCGGCAUGCAUCUCUUUAUCUGUAUAUAUUUCUCUACAUGUAUUGUGACGCAAACUACCAGAGUUGGGGCUACAUGUCUUUAUCUCCUAAACUUUGUGUCCGGUUUUAUAUAUUUUUGUAUGAUACAUGUAUUCUUUUGUUGCACGUGUUAGAUGCUUAGAAAUGCAGCUUACCUAUUAAACUGU